CGGUCACGCCUUGUCUGGACUAUAAGAAGGGAAUGUCUGCGGGCUAUGAUUUGGUUUUGAGUCCCCCCAUCAUUCCAGGUCAUUCAGUCUUUUGUGGGACACAUGCUACAAACACUCCGUAAAGGGACAGGCCUCCCUCAUCUGCCUGGAGAUUUUCUUAGAUUUUUUUCCUCUACAAACGCAGGGCAGCUCCCCAAGGCUCCCUGUACUGCAGACUGCUGGCUUAGGUACCUCUUACUCCUUUAACAGUUUUUCCUUUUGAUCUCGGGCCAGUCCUCCUGCCCAUUCAUGCUCGUCCCCUCCCCAAGCGCUGGGCGGGACUCGGAGACCAGCUGGAGGCCCUGAACCUCUGCACGUUGCUGCAACAGCCCAGCCCAGCCUGGCCCACUCAUUUUUUCUUCCUGCAGUAGACGCUCCCGCUGAAAGAAGGAGAAGCCGUGGGGGUGGCCCAAGUGUGCAGCCCAGACGCAACAGGCCAGGGCCCACUUCCCUUGCUGCCCACUCAAAGUCCGCCACACGCCUGGUCGGGCUCAGCCAUGAUGAGGAGAAGCUUCCAGGUGGCAGCUAGACUGGGACACCGGUGUAUCCUGCCCAGACUCGACCCUGCCGCAGCAUUUGGAUCCUCCACUGACUCCCUGGUCUCAAGGUUCUGUCCAGUGAAGACAGACUUGAAGGACUAUGCCCUCCCCAACGCCAGCUGGUGUCCAGACAUGCUGAGCCUGUACCAGGAAUUUCUGGAGAAGACCAAGUCUGACGGCUGGGUCAAGCUGCCCUCCUUCCAGUCCAACAGAGACCACAUUCAAGGGCUCAAGCUCCCAUCUGGGUUGGUAGCUGCCUCAGACAAGAGUGACUGGCGCAUCUUCACCAGGUGCAUCCAAGUCGAAGGACAAGGCUACGAGUAUGUCAUCUUCUUCCACCCAUUCAAGAAGAAGUCGGUCUGUCUUUUCCAACCAGGCCCCUACCUGGAGGGGCCUCCCGGGUUUGCUCACGGAGGGUCCCUGGCAGCCAUGAUGGAUGAGACCUUUUCUAAAACUGCCUACCUGGCUGGAGAGGGGCUGUUCACACUAAAUCUCAACAUCAGGUUCAAAAACUUGAUCCCUGUGGGCUCUCUGGCGGUACUGAAUGUCCAAGUGGAAAAGAUUGAAGACCAGAAGCUUUAUAUGUCCUGCAUCGCCCAGAGCAGAGACCAAGAGACGGUCUACGCCAAGUCUUCAGGUGUUUUCCUUCAGUGGCAGCUGGAAGAAGAAUCAUCCCCUUAGUGGUCACUAUGCUGACCCUGAGGACCCUGCCUGCUGGGGGCCCUCAUCAGAGCAGAAAGGUCCCCAGGAGAUGAGGAGAGGGCACCUUCUCUGAGUAAAUAAACUCUCACUGCCCCAA